AUGGCAGCGCAGGGCAACCGGGCGGAUUUCGUUUCUCCCGUCAUUUUUGACAGGCAGGCGCGCGCUUCAGCGCUUGAGUCCGUCUCCGGUGCCUCGCUAACUGUGCGUCGUGUGGAACUGGACCCUGAAUUUGGCAUUCUCGCCCGAUCGCGAAACGCCUCGGUCGUCGCUCUUCGCUUGCCUGGAGCGAGUUCUGCCACUCUGCAACACAGGCAGAGGUGUCUCUCGAUCCCGGACGCCCAAACCCAGCUCAUUGGUCAAGGCGAAGCGAAGCAGAGGAUGACGCUUUCCCCUCGUCGGUGGGUCCGAAGCGUGAGGUCAGCCGCGCGCACCGCACCCACGCCUCGAAGCCACCACCACCAGAUCGCCAUCAGCUCGCGGUCGCGCACAUCUCGAUCACUCACCCACACCAACACUCUGCCAGCGCACAUCGCCCUCACUCGGCCCAGCAUACAUUCCAAGGAUCUCACGUUUCUCGUCUCUCCCUCACUUCCUCUCGCUUUGCCUCUGCCUCGUCUCUCACGGACUUAUACAUCAUCGGAUCAGCUUGCACGCGCCUCGUUCUGCUCGGAUUUCUACAUCAGCGGCCAGCUUCAUAACUCUGCCCGCCGUCUCAACCUUGUCACUACGUACAACGUCACAUCUGCCACCUUGGUCGACGACAGCAUCACCAUUUCCUCAGCUUUACGCCUUCUGCAUCCUUGA